AUGUUCCUCUACGCUCUCACCUUCCUCGUUAUCUUCAACGUCAUCAUCCAGGACACUGUUCAAGCUGUUCUGCCUUCCACUUCAGAUGAUGAUCCUUCCGCUCCGGCGUGUACUCCAAACACUAGGAACAUUGCCCCCGACCACGUAUGCCAAAUGAUGAAAGAUAAGCAUCAGUGUCAGAUGGUUGGUGCGAAGAUCACCUGCCAGAAGACAUGUGUCUGUGAUGCCCAGAAAAAUUAA